AUGUCGAAGCCCGAGAAUCGAGCCAAACGGCCAAGAAAGGAAAAUAAAGCCCCCGCCGGCUCGUCGCGCGAGAACGAAACGCCCUUAUCUCCAACGCACGCUGGUCAGCCUUCCUCCGACAGCUCGUAUCACCUAUCUCAUCUCCAGGCCUCUCAGCACGUAGGCUCGUCGGCAUCAGCAUUCAGCGUGGGCAAUCCCACGGGGCAGCGCGCCGUGAGCAAUUCGGGACUGGCUCCUCCCCCGGGAAAAAUUGCUAUUCCACCACUCCGGUCGACAUACUCGUCCGAGUCGACGGCGAAGACGGUCAAGAAAGGUCGAACAGCACAUGCGUGCAACAACUGCAGAAAAACCAAGGCCGGCUGUACGGGCGAAACCCCAUGCCCGAGAUGUAGAAACGCAGGAAUCGUGUGUCAAUAUGGCGACGGCAAACGCGAAGCAGAGAAAAAGACGUUGUCAAGACUGAGCAAGGAGACGGGAGUGCUCUCCAAGCAGAAUGCAGAUCUCACAGAUGCUCUCCGACGAAUCCAGCUGGAUCGUGCCCUUUCAGCGGAAGGGAUGAGAGCGGCGAUCGAUAAUGUGCUUGCCAAGACGCCGGCAUCAAGUCCACCAGAGAGAGAGAUGGGGGGAUUGAGCAUGGGGAUAUUUUCACCCGAGGGAGUAGCAGGUACUGACACCACGAAGGACGACGACGACGACGAUGAUGAUGAUGACAAUGAUGAGGUAGGCUCAACCGGAUCUGUAGACGCCGUUCAUGACGAUCCCGACCGAGAAGACAAUAGACCAAGAGGCCAUUUGGGGAAGUCAUCUGCCGUUGCCUGGGCCCAGCGAACCGCCGAUGAGCUUCGGAAGACCAGCAGUCAGGAAUCGUCCGUUGAUUUGCAAGAAGCUGACUUUAAUCUGCCCUCGUACCAUAUCGAGGACGGCGAUAUCAGCUACGUGGUGGACGAGGAGACGCUUGACAUUUUCGAAUGGCCAGAUAUUCGCCUAGCGCACGAGCUGGUCAGGAACUAUUUUGCCCAUGUGCACAACGCGUUUCCAAUCAUUGACAAGUUGAGCUUUGAGUCCUGGUACACGCGUGCAACACCGGAUACGUCUUCUUUGAGCGAAGACGAGACGGUUUGGCUCAGUACCCUGAACUUGAUCUUUGCUAUUGCAGCAUACCAUGCACAUCUAACCAACGCCCAGCACCGGGGCGCUCAUUAUGAUCAUCAGGUAUAUUGCGCUCGGGCAAAGAAGCUUUCCAUGGACGAAAGACUUUUAUACCGAGAUGCCAGAUUGUCCAAUGUUUCCGCCAUGGGUUUGCAGUGUCUUUAUUAUCUUGCGACAUGCCACAUAAAUCGAGCCUGGACUUUCUGUGGCUUAGCGAUCCGGCAAUCAUUGACAUUAGGGCUGCAUAUUCGCUCAGAAGCACAAGAAGUGGGGGAUGUCGAGAAAGAACAUCGGAUUCGGAUUUGGUGGUCUUUAUACUCUUUGGAGUGCUUGUUGAACGAAUCGACAGGGCGGCCAAGCUGUAUCUCCGACACUGACAUCAGCACCCCUCUUCCAAUUAAUGUGAGCGAAGACGAAUUCCACCCUGGCCAAUCAUUAUAUGAGAGGAGAGAGUCUAUGGUUGUAGGUCAUCCUAGCCGUCGAGGGUCACCCAAAGGCAAAGGCCGCAUGACUGCGACGUACUCGUUACCGCUAUCCUCUGUCGACCCAAAACCCUCCCCCAUCCCCUUCCCUGCUGUCCCACUCCCCGUAACGCCCUCGACCUACUUCAUCUAUCGCACCCAGCUUUCCAUCAUAUCGCACGAAAUUGUCACACAGCUGUAUUGCGCGGCCACGGUCAAAGUUAGAUGGUCAGAAGUUCAAGAUGCCAUCAGAAAGAUUGACCAGAGGUUGUCAGAAUGGGUUGGGAAAUUGCCGCGCGAGUUUGACAUGAACAUCGAUACGAUUCCAUCGCCCAAUUGGAACGACCCUUACUUUAUUCCUCAAAUCGGCUUAGCGAUGUUCUACACCAGCUCGCGGAUGCUCCUGUUCCGACCAUUCCUGUGCCGAUUUGACAUCCGUCUAAAAAGCAAGAAUCAAGAAUCGAGGGCUUUCAAUCAAGAUGCGGUGGAGAAUUGCAUCUUGUCUGCUAAAAACAUGAUAGGCCUUUUGUGUUGGUCCUGCUCUACGGUUGAUCAGCUUUACACCAUACCCCCAUGGUGGAGUACCAUCCACAAUAUCUGCCAGGCUCUUUCCGUGCUGAUACUUGAGAUGGCAUUUCGCUCUCAACACAUGCCAGAAGACUUUGGUGAGAUUCUUGCAGACGCGAAAAGGGGCGUUACUUGGUUGGCGCUAAUGGCGUCUGUUUCAAUUCCCGCCCGAAAGGCUUGGGAGGUAUUUGACAAGCUUAUAAGACUAGUCACGCUAAGAGGCAAUUACACAGUCUUUGACCUCCCUGUUGUGGCGCCGAUGCCACCAGGAUAUAACUGGCAUCGACUGGACGCUCCGCAGUCGGACUUAAUUAAUACCAGCCAGCCAAACCCGCUUUCCCAAGCCAAUCUGCAACAAUACCAACAUGGCCAAGGUGCUCAUUUGUCUUCCGACGCAACAGCAAUGUGGACAACUCAACCUGCCUCGCACACAUCAUUUGUCGGAACCCCUAGCUUCGAACCAGCAUUCUCGCCGCAGGAUGCGGCUAACCCCCUCAAUCCAUCUGAAGCUCUUGAUCGAUUUUCGACAAUGGGAAGCAUUCAUGGGCUUUACGAUGAGCCGUGGCAACAUAUGUUUGCUCCACUUACGACCCAAACUGAUAUACCUAUCUACGGGAGUCAACAUUUCGAUACGACUCCUCUUGAUCAAAAUUUCAAUCCCGAGCAGGCUUUCGGCCAAUCAGCUGCCGGUGGUUUCCCACAAUUCGGGCAGCUAAACACUGGAUCUGGAUUUGUACCUGACGUGGACCCCGCAUCAAUGGACCCGACAUCGCCUAUCCAAUCUCAGCAAAAUUUCGAUCCAAACCUUGCAGGAGAAGGCGAUCGAUAUCGGUUCUGA